AUGGGUGACCGAACAGAUAUUGAGAAGCUGCAGGAGAUGGUGAAGUUGCUGAUGGAUGAGAGAGAUGCGGAAAGAGCAGCCCGAGAAGCCAUGGAAAAGAAGAACAGAGAAACAUUACCUGUGAUGAACAUGUUCAAUCAUGGGAAUAUGAUCACUUUUCCUGACGGUCCUCGUAUUGAUGCUAACAAUUUUGAGUUACGCAUGCCCCUUAUCCAAAGGGUCGAGCAAACUCCUUUUGCAGGUAGGGCGACUGAAGAUGCUAACCGCCAUCUCUCCAAAUUCGUGGAAAUCGCAAACACUUUGAAAUUAAAUGGUGUCGACGACGAUGCCAUACGGGUAAGACUUUUUCCAUUCUCAUUGAUUGAUUCUGCUAAGGAGUGGUUUGAGUGUAUGCCACCAGAAAAGGUCUCCACAUGGAAGGACAUCGUAGCUACCUUCCUCGACAAAUACUACCCGCCAGGCACUAUUUUGAAGCUCAAGAGUGAGAUCUUUCAGUUUAUACAAGGCCAUGACGAGCCCCUCUAUGAGGCAUUUGCUCGUUUCAAAGCUCUUCUUCGAAAGUGCCCAAACCAUGGUUUUUCCAUAGACCAUCAGGUAGGAAUCCUCUAUAAUGGAUUUAAUGAAAAAAUAUGUGCUAUGCUUGAUUCAGGGGCAAAUGGAGGAUUUCUAAGAAAGACAGGAGAGGAUGCCAUGGCGGUGAUCGAGGAGUUCGCCACCAACAGUCGGGGGUGGUCGAAGGAAAGGCAUGCCACGAGAAGAGUAGCAGCCAUAGAAGAGGCCGAAGAAAGUUCUUUUGCUAAGGAGCUAGCAGAACUUAGAGUCAGGAUUGAUCAAAUGGACGUCUCGAGGAAGGAAGAUCCAAUUCCGGCAACUUCCAUAGUGGCGGUCACGGCACCCGAAACUGCCGUGUCAACUGUGGAAGAAAUCAACUACGUGCAAGGAGGCGGUCCCAGAAAUUACAAUAACAAUUAUCGCCCUAAUCAGGGGGGCGGUAAUUUCAAUAAUUAUAAUGGGAACCGUCCGCACCCAAAUCUUUCUUAUUCUAACAAUAAUUACUUGCAACCCCCUGCAGGAUUUAAUGUUAGCAAAGGAGGAGUGGUUGAGCCGAUGAAGAAGGAAGACAAGUAUGAUCAAGGAAUCACGAAGAUUUUGGAAGUAAUUACGCAAGAUAGGAAGAUUAAUGACACCAAGAUCGGAGUGGUCGAAGCAAGGAUAAACAACCUCGAGCAAGGAAUGAACACGAUCUCGGCAGCUAUAACCAACAUUACCACUCAAAUGGAGCAAAUUCAGAAGAAGUUAGAUGAGGAUAGAGCAAAGGCAGCAGCAAGAGUGGAUGAUAUUAACAAGAAGUGGGUGGCAAAGCAGAAAUCUGGGGACUGCCCAGUCGCCGGCGGACCGCCGCACACCCCGCAGCGGCCCGCCACUGAGACGGCAGAGUCAACCACGCAGAAGGGGCUUGUUCGGAACAAUGGAAUUGUGCUCCCUUUCCAACCAAGGAGGAAGUUUAAACUCGAGGAGCAAUUCAAACAUUUUUUGAAUAUGUUUUGCAAAGUUCAUACUAAUAUUCCCUUGGUCGAAUCAUUGCAGGAAAUUCCAAAAUAUGCAAAACUUUUGAGGGAAGCGGUGAUGAGAAAGAGGAAGCCGACCAAAGCCGACCUUAAGCUACCGCAUCAUUGUAGCGAAAUCAUCCAAAAAGAGAGGGCAGUAAAGCAAAGGGAUCCGGGCCAGUUCAUUAUAAGAUGCCGGAUUGGAGAAGGGAAAGUUGACAAAGCACUGUGCGACUUAGGAUCGUCCAUCAAUCUCAUGCCACUGAAGUACUACGAAAAGCUCAACAUCGGGCCACUCAAAUCUUCAGACGUAACACUCAGGUUGGCCGAUAACUCGUCCAUCAAGACUGUAGGUAUGAUUGAGGAUGUCCUAGUUAAAGUUGAUGAUUUUAUUUUUCCCGCCGACUUUAUUGUGCUUGACAUGAAAGUAGACAAGAACGUCCCUCUAAUCUUAGGGAGAGAUUUUCUUGCCACUUGCAAAGCUUUGAUUGAUGUAGGCCGUGGCGAGAUCACAAUCAGUGAUAAUCAUAGUCAAUCCACCUAUAAGAUUGAGAGCGAGAUGCUAAAAUUUGAGGAGGCAAAGCGGGCAAAAAUGGAACAACAGUGCAGAGCAGUCAUGGCUACCGACUUGACCAAGUCCAAAGAUCCCUUUGAAGCGGAGGAUCCUUCUACCUCCACUAUCUACAUUGUCAAAGAGGUAAGACAUUCUUCUAAAAAGGGUGAUGCUAAUUCUUCUACAUCUGCUCCACAGAAGAAGAAACAGAAGAGAAAGAAAACACCCAAAGAGGACCCCGAGAUAUACGUCAUCAAAACCAAAGAGGGGAAGUACAAGUGGUGGAAGAAGCUAGGGACCAAGUUGCUCCCUAUGCCAAUUUUCAACACUCGAGUUUUUGAUCCGCCCAACUAG